AUGCCAACAAACGAUGAAAACGCUGCGAAAAUAGAGGAUGAGUUGAGUCUAUACAUCAAGUCUCGUGAACAGGUCAACUAUAUUCGACGCAUACUAGCCGCGCAUCUCGGUGAUUGCGCGCAAGGAGGUCCCAUCAAGUCGUCGCUAGCCCUAGCAAACGGGCGCGAUGGCGAUGGCACUGUCGAAACAGAUAGCACAACGGUACACGGUAUAUACAGCGAAUACCUAGACGCUGUGAAGAAUAACAUUGCCGCGCGAAAGGAAUUUGAAGCGGCUCGACAUUAUGAUUUGCCGGAGCCGCGUACAGAGGGGACGGCGGAUGGCGGAUCCGUCGCGCUCGGCCUGGAAGAGCGAGUGGCCCUGCUGAAGCUGCACCAAAAGCGCGACAGCCUGUAUGCGGUGCAAGAGACUCUCGAUGCGCUGUUGGAGCAGCCAGCGGCGGGCCCCGAGUUUCUCGACGCCGACCGCAUGUUCCAGGGAACGCCAGCUCUGCCCCCGGUGCCCAGGGACGUCAUCAACACCAUGGUCAUUGAGCAGACCUCUUCUCCGAUGGACAUCCCCGGUCAGGUGAGCCAGCUUGAAAGGGUCGUUCUGCGCGCCAAGCUGCUCCUCAGGCAGGAGGAGCAGCUCCUGCAGGAAGCGAGACAGCGCGUGCAUCGCACGUCGCAGCCGCCGAGCCAGGCAGCCAAGCUCAUGGCGCUGGGUGCGACGCGGGACGAGCUCAUUCAUUGGAUUGAGACGGAGCUCGGCAAGGCGUCGCCGGAGGCACAUGGCACGGGCGACGGCUCGUUGGGGGCUAGACUCGGCAAGACGGACCUGGCGGCCAUUCAGGUACAGUUGGCCGAUAUCAAGGAAAAGUACACUCUUUAUGUCUCGGCACGCAAGGUCUUAUUAGAAAUGGCUUCAAGUGAAUCGCAGACGCUUCCACCACCGUCGAGGAUUGUCAAUGCUACGAAGCGAACGAGUUACGCGGCGUCGCCGCUCCCGCCAAUGGAUCAUCUCCUCACGCCAUAUUUGGCCUCACUCGUCGAUGCCUCUGCCAAUCACAAAGCCACGGUGGCAUACCGAACGCAUAUAUCCUCUCUGCUCAAUAAGACUAGCCAAGAAAACAGCCGUCAGCUUGGCAAAGCUGCCGAGGGAAGCGAUCUGCUGUCAACUUUCCCCCAAGGUGAUGCCUCUCGCCACCGAUCAGGUACAAACCCGGCAUCGCAGGCUGGUCUCGUCAGCCAGGCACAACCGUGGGUGGACGCUGCCGACGCUGCCAAGAUGGCAACACUAGAGUCCGUGGCAGAAUCGGUCGAGAACGGACAGAUUGCUCUCGAGGGGCUGAUGAGCACCCUGAAAGAUAUUGGCAAGAUUACCGGAAAGAAUCUUCUGGAUAGCGAGGAGAUUGCGGGCGAGGAAGACAUGUGGCUCGGUGCAGACACACCGAGAGCUAGAAGACAUGUGAGGAAGGGGAGCAGAGCACAGUCACAAAGCUCGACGGAUCCGUGGGCAAAGGUGCGAGGCAACCUGGGUCUGCUGGGCCAAGAGGGACCAUGA